AUGGAGGAAGGGGCAGCAGACCUGCGACAAAGAAAGAAGCAAAAUUGCACAGAAACUGACAAAAUGGCUCCAGAUGAGAGAAACAAAGAAAACCCAAACCUGGGAAGAUCGCCAAAAUAUGUCUUAUUUCAACGUUUUGCAAAGCUUUUCUUUGGCUGUGUCGCAGCUGUCACUAGCGGGAUGAUGUAUGCUGUGUACCUUUCAACAUAUCAUGAACGGAAAUUCUGGUUUUCCAGCAGGCAGGAACUUGAACGAGAGAUUACAUUUCAGGGUGACAGUGCCAUUUAUUACUCAUUUUAUAAAGAACUGCUAAAGGCUCCUUCCUUUGAAAGAGGUGUUUAUGAGCUGACACACAACAAUAAAACUGUAUCGCUGAGGACUAUAAAUGCAGUGCAGCAAUUGACGUUGUAUCCAGAGUUGAUUGCCAGUGUUUUAUAUCAAGCAUCUGGUAGCGAAGAGGUUAUCGAGCCAGUGUAUUUCUACAUUGGUAUAGUUUUUGGACUGCAGGGAAUUUAUAUGGCUGCAUUAUUUGUAACCAGUUGGGUUAUGAGUGGGACUUGGUUGGCAGGAAUGCUGACCGUAGCAUGGUUCAUUAUUAACAGGACAGAUACAACAAGAAUCGACUACUCCAUUCCUUUAAGGGAAAAUUGGGCAUUGCCAUAUUUUGCAUGUCAAGUUGCAGCUCUUACAGGCUAUUUAAAAAACAACAUAAAUUCUUCUGCUGAGAGGUUUUGCUACCUUUUGGUGAGUGCUUCAACAUAUACUUUCAUGAUGAUGUGGGAGUACAGUCACUAUCUGCUGUUUGUCCAGGCUGUGUCUCUCUUCCUGCUGGACAGCUUUGCCCUUGUGCAGACAGAUAAGGUGCAUGAAGUGUACAAAAUCUAUCUGUUCUCCCUGUUCCUGGGAUAUCUCUUACAGUUUGAAAAUCCAGCUUUAUUAGUAUCUCCAUUACUAAGCCUUGUAGCAGCUUUAAUGCUCUCCAAAUGCCUUCAGAUGAAUAUGAAAAAAGGCACAUUUAUUUCAAGGAUGCUAAAAAUAAUGUACUUUUACUUGGUAUUUACGAUAUCAGUGACAAUGAAUUUCUUACUGAAGACAUUUGUUCCCCAUAAAGAAAAUGAGCAUGUGUUGAAGUUCCUUGAAGUAAAAUUUGGAUUAAACACAACUAAGAACUUUACAGUGAACUGGCUUCUUUGUCAAGAAUCCCUUCAGACACCAUCUCAAGACUUUUUUUUGCGGCUAACUCAGUCAUCUCUAUUGCCUUUUUAUAUUUUAGUAUUAAUUAUCUGCCUUUCUUCUGUAACUCAAGUCAUUUUUAGGAGAAUUAGUGGUGAACCACUCAAAGAAAAAAUUACACUUGACAAUGGCCGAAUUGGAGAGAGGCCAGAGAUAGCUUAUCAUGUAAUCCACACAAUGUUAAUGGGUUCUCUUGCAAUGAUGUUGGAAGGCAUAAAGUACCUGUGGACUCCCUAUAUGUGUAUGCUUGCAGCAUUUGGUGUAUGCUCCCCUGAGCUUUGGAUGACGCUUUUCAAAUGGCUUCGACUGAGAGCUGUACACCCAAUAUUGCUGGCUCUCAUUCUGAGUAUGGCAGUUCCAAGUAUAAUAGGUUUCAGCUUGUGGAAAGAGUAUUUUCCUAGGAUAAUGACAGAGCUUUCAGAACUGCAAGAAUUUUAUGACUCAGAUACAGUAGAACUCAUGAUGUGGAUAAAAAGACAGGCUCCUGUUGCUGCUGUGUUUGCUGGAAGUCCACAGCUAAUGGGUUUGAUUAAGCUGUGUACUGGAUGGAUGGUGACAAGUCUACCUUCAUAUAAUGAUGUUGAUCUUCUACAAAGAAAUGAGAAUAUUUAUCAGAUCUAUUCAAAAAGGUCUGCCGAGGAUAUUUAUAAGAUACUCACAUCCUACAAAGCCACCUACCUAAUUAUAGAGGAUUCAAUUUGCAAUGAGGUUGGACCUGUGAAAGGAUGUAGGGUUAAAGACUUACUGGAUAUUGCUAAUGGCCAUGUGGUUUGUGACGAAGGUGACAGUUAUGCCUAUUCUAAAUAUGGACGAUUUUGUCAUGAGAUCAAAAUGAACUAUUCUCCAUAUGUGAAUUAUUUUACUCGGGUAUACUGGAACAGAUCCUACUUUGUGUAUAAAAUCAACACUGUGAUAUCCUUCCAAUCUUGA